CUACAUCGGCUCUCAAAUAAUACCAAUGACGCGUCCCAAAGAACAUCUAUGAAAACCCCCAAUAAUGAAACGAAGAAAACAUGACACAAGCGCUAUCGCUUUUAAAAUUCAUAAAAAUACCCAAGAAACUGCAACGUAGGCGAAGCGUAUGAUGAACCAGGGAACAAAACACUGCCUCCAAGUGCCUUAAAACAACGAACUGAAUAAACUAUUAGUGAAUAUAUCACUGGUGCUCCGUACAAUAAUAUAGUAAACGAAAUAAUGUUAGACGUCCCUCGCGCGGACUCACCCGAGAAAGGACUCAAGCGAUUAAGAUGUUAGACGUUUUUCGUGGUUUAAAGAAUCUUAUAAAGGUGAACUAUGUACAAAUCGACUCGCCGGUAUUCAGGCUGCACUACUCUAUAACGGUCAUCCUGCUGAUCGCGUUCAGUUUGAUCGUGACCACGAGGCAGUACGUAGGAAACCCGAUCGACUGCAUCCACACCAAGGACAUCCCGGAGGACGUCCUGAACACCUACUGCUGGAUCCACUCCACGUAUACCCUCAAGAGCUUCUUCAACAAGAAGGUGGGCGUGGAGGUCCCGUACCCGGGCAUCGGGAACAGCCGCGAGAAAGGGACGGAAGAUAUGAGCGACAGGAAGAUCUACAAAUACUACCAAUGGGUGUGCUUCUGUCUAUUCUUUCAGGCUAUGCUGUUCUACGCUCCCCGAUGGCUCUGGAAGUCGUGGGAGGGCGGCAAGAUCCGUGCGCUGAUGAUGGAUCUCGAUGUGGGCGUCUGCACGGAGAUAGAGAAGAAAACGAAGAAGAAGCUCAUCCUGGACUACCUGUGGGAGAACCUGCGGUACCACAACUGGUGGGCCUACCGGUACUACCUAUGCGAGGGGCUGGCCCUUGUCAAUGUUAUAGGGCAAAUGUUCCUGAUGAACCGGUUCUUCGACGGCGAGUUCAUGACGUUCGGGCUCGACGUCAUCGCCUACAUGGAGUCCGACCAGGAGGAUCGCGUCGACCCCAUGAUUUACAUAUUCCCAAGGAUGGUAAAGUGCACACUAUUCAACAAAUUCGGCUCCUCGGGCGAAGUGGAGCGGCACGACGCGCUGUGCAUCCUGCCGCUCAACGUCGUCAACGAGAAGAUCUACAUCUUCCUCUGGUUCUGGUUCGUCAUCCUCGGCAUCCUCACCUUCAUCACUCUCCUCUACCGGCUCGUCAUCAUCUUCUCCCCAAGAAUGCGAGUCUACAUGAUGCGAAUGAGGUUCAGGCUCGUCAGGAGAGACAACGUCGACACCAUCGUCAGACGAAGCAAAAUGGGCGACUGGUACCUACUCUACAUUCUCGGAGAGAACCUAGACUCCGUCAUCUUCAGAGAUAUAAUGCACGAGUUCGCGAACAAACUCAAUCACAACUACCAGCACCAUAUCCACGGCGUCCCAGACGCGUGACCUCCGAUCCCCGGGUGGGUGUUCCACACAUGACUAACGUCGUUGCAGCGUGACAUGGACCCACCCGUUUGAAUGAUCAAACUCACCACGUAUAUCCACAGAGUGACGUAUUCCUCUCGCGGUAUACAAGCGUGGCCCAAGUACGCUGCCCUGCGGCAUCCCUGCCCAGACUGGACAAUACAAAGUGUAUCAAAGACUUUCUUAAUCGAUACUAUCUGUAAUCGUAAGAAUCGUAACAGUGCAAUUCUAAACACGCAAUAAUAGUUUGUACUUAAUCUUUAAGAUUACGUGAUCUCAGGAUGAAUCCUAUCGAAGGCCUUUAAAAGUCAGCAAUGGCGGCUAUCCGGUUAGAGUAUCUAGUGUUCAACUUUUAGAAGUAUUUUAUUAAGUCUCGCUGUUCGUAGUGAUUGAAAUGGCUUUCUUCUUUUCUAUUCUAGCUAAUAAAUUGAAUGUAAGCACAUAAAUAGCACACAACUUACCUUUUUUUACACCAUUUCUCACUUACCAAAGAUUUGACAGACCAAUAAUAAAGCAAUAAUUACAUUAAUAUUUAUAAAUACCUAAUGUAGUUUAGACUUGAGAAUACUAUUCGGGAUUCCAGCUUAAACACUUUUUUUAUUUAUCUACUUUGAUGUCGGUGAAUGGAACCGUUCAUAAUACCUGUAGGUGUAUCUGUAGGUACUUUUGCGUGCCAAAAGACAUUUUGCGUUGUUUAACCGAACGAGUUAAUGUUAUCCUUACUUUUAUAAGCAAAGCAAAUAAAUUCUAUUCGAAACUUAUUUACGUUUUGAAUAGCAAAUAAACGACUGAUUAUUUUCGCACACGUCGAAAAUUUACUCUAAACAAAUUGGCAUUAACGUUUUAUUGUAAUUAACGAAGUGAAUCUCGAUAAUUUAUCUGACUUUAUCUUUAACAGGUCACUUAAUUAACUUUCCAAAUCUGGAACUAGACUAAGAUAUAUUGGAAAGAACUUAGCUGUGCCUAAUUCGUUACCUCGUACUAGACGAUGCGAAGUUGUUGGGAAUUGUUGUGUUCGUAUGGAUAUUAGAAGAUAAUGUGUAAAGGCUUACAGCUUAAGUCAAAAAACUUUGUUUCAAUCUUCGUACAUUAUGUGACUUUUAGAUUAUCAAUAAGAUUGACUUUAUCAUUAAGUUAUUUUUGAACCAUAAGUCAAAACGGAUUCUUCUUCGUCUCGAUUCAAAGUGUCUGUAAUCACUACGUUGAGUUUAAUUUAAUCACAGACUAUAAGCUAGCUAUACUUUUCUUUAUUCGUAAGCAUUAUUAUAAUUAUUUAUUUUAGUGAGACCAAAGUUUUUUAACUCAAGCUGUAUGAUAAUUGUAAAUGUAAAAAGGUUGUCGAUUGUAAAAAUAAACUGUAACAAUUUAGUGUCGCUAUAGAUCUACGAAUGUCGAAUUGUUUUGGGGGUUCUCCAAUGUUCCUAAUGUCAGGGAGGCAUCAUGGUGUCUGUAGUCGAGUCAACGCCAAAUAUCGUGCCAAAAUCUUCUACUGAUGGACGACAUGCGUUAAUGAGAAAGUUACCAU